GGGUGCGCCUGGGAUGCCUUCGGGCUGUUUAGCAGCCGGCGGCGGCCGAGGAGCUUAAUGGAAGCGAUGUCCCCACAACAAGACCACCUCGGGCAAGGGCGCUCCUCCUCGCUGACCGGAGGCUCCCGGCUGUCUGCAGGCUCCUCCGACGGCAAGAAGAAAAUGAAGAGCUUGGCCCAAAGACGUCAGUCUGCCCCAUCCCUCGUGAUCAGCAAAGCACUGAACAAGACCAGACCGAAUGCCAGGGAAGGUUGCUUCUCCCCGGUCAGUCCAGAGACAUGUCUCCUGGUCCAGUCCUUCCUUUCCCCCAACAGAACACUGCUCCUGGAAGGACACGUGCAGCUGAAGACCGGCCUGCAGACCCAGGAACGGCACCUUUUCCUCUUCACAGACAUCCUUGUGGUUGCCAAGGCCAAGUCACAGUUGCACUUCAAGCUGAAGAGCCAAGCUCGUCUCUCUGAAAUAUGGAUAGCAUCUUGCAUGGAGGAGGUCUGUGAGAGCAGCACGAACCCUGAGAAGUCCUUCGUUUUAGGAUGGCCCACCACCAACUGUGUUGCUAACUUCAGUUCCACCGAGCAGAAAGAGAAGUGGCUCACUUUGCUUCAAAGCCGAAUCAGUGAAGAGAAGGCAAAGGACUAUCCCAAAAGCAUUCCCUUGAAGAUCAUUGCAAAAGAUCUUGGAAACUGUGCAUACUCAAAAACACUAACUGCAACCAACACGGAUACAGCGAAUGACGUGAUCCUCAUGGCCCUGCAGCAGCUGGGAAUUAAUGGCUCUGAAAAAGACUACCAGCUCUGGGUGAAUUCUGGGAAAGAAGACGCACCAUAUCCUCUCAUUGGACAUGAAUAUCCUUUUGGAAUUAAAAUGAGCCAUGUUCGCGACACUUUGCCUCAGAUGCAGGGAUCAAAGGACCGCACCUGCCCUCUGGACCUUCAGGGGGCCUUCCUGAUAGAACAGCUGCCCCGGGAGCUUCAGUGCCAGUUCAUACUCAAGCCAAGCCGCCUGGCCUCCGGCCAUCAGCUGAACGAGUUAAGCCAAAAGCCAUUUAAAAGGAAAAGGUCAAUUAUCAACUGGGCCUUCUGGAGGGGCACAGGAGCCCCACUGGACAAUGCGCCACCAUCACCAACCUCUCCUUCGUCAGGGAAGCUCUUUGGCCUUUCGCUCUCCACCAUCUGUGAGAAUGACAACCUGCCCAAGCCAGUCUUGGAUAUGCUUUCCUUUCUCUAUCAAGAGGGGCCUUUCACCCGAGGUAUUUUCAGACGUUCAGCAAAUGCAAAAUCCUGCAGGGAGCUGAAGGAGAAACUUGACUCAGGAGCUGAAGUGCACUUACUCUGCGAGUCCGUAUUUGUGACAGCUUCUGUGUUUAAGGAUUUUCUUCGUAAUAUCCCAGGCAGCAUUUUCUCAUCCCAGCUCUGUGAGCAGUGGGUCUCCUUAAUGGAUGAAGGAAACUGUGAAGAGAAGAUAAAAAGAAUCUGCAGACUAAUGGAACAGCUCCCCAGGGCCAAUUUGGUUUUGUUGCGUUACCUCUUUGGAGUGUUACACAGCAUAGAGAAACAGUCUGAAGACAACCAGAUGACGGCAUUUAACUUGGCAGUGUGUAUUGCACCCAGCUUGCUCUGGCCUCCAGCUCCUGCAAGCCCUGGGACGGAGGGCGAAUUCACAAAGAAGGUUUCUGUCCUUAUCCAGUUUCUGAUUGAAAACUGCUGCAGGAUUUUUGGAGAGGACGUUGCUUCCAUCUUUGCAGAUAUAGUGCCCAAAAAUGAUAACAGAGAAGAUGGUUCAGAUCUCUCCUCUUUUCAUCUGAAUGACUCCUCCUACGACAGUUUGGAAAAUGAGCUGAACGACUGCACAGACUCCUCCUUUAACAACCUAAUCAAAAAACGAGGUCAAGAGAACAGGAGCAGAGACUCUGUCUUGACCCUGAGUGACUGCGAUUUGGACCCGCCAGAAACAGAAGACUCCCAGAUCAAACUGCCGACCAAAUCACAGCCAGUGUCCAUCUCUACCGGCUUCCGUCACAAAUCUCCAUCCCGGGAGCAUUCUGAGAAUGAGUCCCUAUGUUCCGUCACAUCAGGAUAUUCAUCGACAGCCCUUUCAGAUGUCCUCAAAAGUUCAAGGAGACACAGGCGCUGCUCUGAACCCACCAUCGGCCUUCUCGCCUCCAAGUUUACACCGGUCAGCGGGUUCCACGAAAGCGCCGUCCGUAAAGCCAGCUGCGAUGCUGUCCUGUCCCAUACGGAUGAAGACUGUCUUAAGCAGCUUCGCUCACUGCAAGUGGAAGGCCAGAAGCUUAUCAAUCAGAGUUUGGUUAUGGGGAUCGAUGUGGGCAAGAAUGUUCCGGAAAGCCACAGCACUGAAAAGAAAGACACAUCCAAUCGCCUUCUGCCACCCCCUCCGCUUAGGUUGAAUAUUAGUUCAAGAACUAGUUGUUCUAGUCUGUCAUCUCCUGGUACGUCCCCUUCUGGGUCUUCAAUGAGUUCUUUAGACAGUGCUUUUUCACAGUUUUCAGACUACUCGGUGUUCACCCCGACUGAGACCUCCUCUCCUUUGGACUGCGCUUUUCAUCCUCCAAGGAAAUGCGGUGAACUUUCCCCAGAUAUCAGUCCUUUCUCAGGUAUCCACCUUGGGUCAGGGGCCGGCUCUUUCCCCAACCAAACUGCUAGCAGCCACAGCAGCCACCUGGGAAGCGUUAAGAAAGAGAGCCUAGAGUGGCCCCCUCACAAAAGCGCCGUCACCCUCCAUCCCAGCACGUGGCUAAAAAGCGGGGCUUCCACCAUGAAAAACUGGACUCUUCGGAAAAGGGAGAGGGUCUCCAAGCAAGAAGAGAAAAGGAAGAGCUCUACUCAGAUAACUGUGGAGAUAGAAACAUGUCCCUCAGGUGUGUCUGAGUCUUAUUUAUAUCAAGGGCAAUGCCCGGGAACAGAAAACCCCGUUGCGACCGGAGGUGUUAACGCCACGCCACUGAACCAGGAGAGCACUUCUUCUCAGGGAGCUGGGCAGCUCAGUGGACUUCCCUUUUGUCCCGUGGAAGUCAAGGAUAAGAGGUUGAAGGCCUUGGAGCUUCUGGCUGAGCAAAGCAAAGAAGAGGAAGAGGAGGAAAGCUCUUCAGUUUUCCCUUCUCAUAAAAGACAGCCGUCCAGUUCAAACCCAAGUGCCAAACAUAAACUGAAGCCAGAUGCUGCAUUCAGCAGUCAGUAUCAACAUUUGACCAAGGGAGACGUCGAUGAAUCUGUGAUUUCCUCAGAGGCUGGAGCGGGAGAUUCCAAGGAUGAUACAUUUUUGUCAAGUGUGGAGUCCAGAUUUGCCAGCACCGACUCCAAAAGAGACUUCUGUGGCUCGUCGGAACUCACAAAAGCCGAGGGGAAACUAGUGUUUAGGUCGAGUCCAAGUACAAAAUCGGAGGAUGGGGCUGAGCCCGGCCAAACGGAAUGGAUGAAAAAGCCGUGUGCCGAUCCCAAGUUUGAGGAGAUUGACCAGAAGUUUUUCACAGAGGAGUCUUACGUCUGA